AUGCGAGUGUCCCCCCCUGUGGCGAGCGGCGCGCGAGCGGCGACGCGUCCGCCGCUGUUUGCCUCGCCCUCCUCUGAGGCGCUGGAGAUGCUCCUCGAGGAGGCAGUCAAGCUUUACCUUCCGCCGAACUACGAUUUUGAGGUCCAGAAGUCGCUGCGGCGUUUGAACGCAGAAAAGUGCCGGCGGGUGGCGCUGCAGUUCCCCGAGGGCCUCCUCGCCUGGUCGCUGCAGCUCGCGUCGAUCCUCAAGUUCUUCUCCGACACAGUCGAGGAGGUCACCGUCCUCAGCGACGUCACCUACGGUGCCUGCUGCGUGGACGAUCUCACGGCGGCAGCUCUCGGAUGCGACUUUCUGAUUCACUACGGACACUCCUGUCUUGUGCCGACGACGCACGCCAGCACCUUCCGCAACGCGCUCAAGGGCGCGGGAGACGAAGGCGAGCGGAAAGAAGGCGACGCACAGAGCGCGAACGGCCUCGGCUGCCUCUACGUCUUCGUCGACAUCCUGAUCGACCCUCUCCCCCUCUGCGACACGCUCAAACAAAACUUCUCGCCUGACGCGCGUCUCGCGCUCCUCGGCACCAUUCAGUACGCAAAGUGCCUCAGGGCUGUGAGCCGUCAGCUGCAGCAAGAGGGGUUUUUUCGCGUUCCGCCCUUCAUUCCGCAGCGAUCGCCCUUGACCGCGGGCGAAGUCCUCGGGUGCACUGCGCCGAAGCUCCCAGCCUCGCGCGGCGACGCGGGGGAGAAGCGAGAAGCGUGUGCAUGCUCCGCCUCCGCUUCGUCUCCUUCUCAGCCGGCAGGUGGCGCUGAGACUUCCGCCUGCUGCGGUCGGCUCUCUGCGUCAUCUGCCACGGCGCGGGCGCAGGGCGGGGUACGCCGCGAAGCGAAGUCCAGCGGCGCCGCGGGGUCGGACGACGUGGAAGACGUCGCCGCGUCCGCCGCGAACCUCCAGCUGGCACAGCUCGCGCGAGGAAGGGCGGGAGAAGACGGCGCGAUUGACACGGUCAUUUUCAUUGCCGACGGGCGCUUCCACCUCGAGGCUUGCAUGAUUCAGAAUCCCUCGCUGCAGUUCCUGCGAUACGACCCCUUCGUCAAGCGGCUUUUUCGGGAGUCCUACAACCACGCGGCGCUGCAUCGAAGCCGACAGGCGGCGAUCGCGGCCGCACGCAGUGCCACGAACGUCGCGCUGCUUCUCAGCACGCUGGGGCGCCAGGGGAGCGUAGGCAUUCUUGAGGACCUUAUGGCGCUUCUCGACGAAAAGGGGAUUCCGUUCUGCGUCAUUCUCCUCAGCGAGAUCAGCCCGCAGAAGCUGAAGCCUCUCACGCGGCAAAUUGACUGCUUCGUGCAGGUCGCCUGUCCGCGGCUGUCCAUCGACUGGGGUAGCGACUACGCCGCUGGCGGCCGUCCGGUGUUGACGCCCUACGAGGUCCACGUAGCCUUCGGGCAGGAGAAAUACAGAGACAUCUAUCCGAUGGAUUACUACAGCAAGGACGGAGGCGUGUGGAGCAACUACAACACAAAAGCGGGGCACAGGAGCGGCAGUCUGGCUCCAGUCAUCUCGCCUCAAGAUCGAAAAGCGCAAUUGCGUGCGCGGCUUCUCGCGCGACAGAAGGUACAGCAAGGUCACGCAUAG